AAGUGAUUUUAACAUUUUUAAAAUCACUCAAAAUAUUGAAAAAGAAAGAACCUAUCAAGUCUCUAAAAUGUAUGCUAUCCUAGCUCUAUAAAAUUAAAUCAAAUUGGUUAAGGCUCAAGUAACUACAGGAAAACGAUACGAGUGUAAUACACGUCUCAAAUAAUGCUCCAAAUUUCAAUGUCUCCACGAACUCUAACAUAUUUUAAAAAAUAAAAGAAAUAAUGCAUCAAGUCUCUGGAUGCAUGCUUGCCUUGCUCUAUAAAUACGAGCUCAUCUUGAGUUAACGAAACUUGCAUUCCAAGUUGGAUUACCAAGAGCUUUAACAUUGGUCUAAAUUUAUUUCUUCAGAACUCUGUUUCUAACUCUCUACUCUCUAUGGCUCCAGUGCCUAGUUCUCCCGUCAACGUAGGACACAUCGAUGAUGUGCAAGAACUCAGGAAGUUUAAGCCUAACACUAUUCCCGAAAGAUUUAUCAGGGGCGUACAAGAGAGGCCAACACCACCAACAGCUUUAAUCUCAUCCUCUGAUCUUCCCACUAUUGAUUUAUCCAAACUUUUAAAAGGAAACAGAGAUGAAAUAUUGCAGCUAGCCUAUGCCUGCGAGGAAUGGGGAUUUUUUCAGGUAAUUAAUCAUGGAAUUGCUCAAAACCUACUAGAAAGCAUUGAGGGGGAGGCAAUGGAAUUCUUCGGGCUACCUUUGGAGGAAAAGCAGAAGUACCGAAUGGCACCGGGCACAGUUCAAGGAUACGGGCAAGCUUUUGUGUUCUCAGAGCACCAAAAGUUGGAUUGGUGUAACAUGUUUGCUCUGGGGGUUAUACCCGACUCUAUAAGAAACCCUCUAUUAUGGCCAAAGAAGCCAACAAACUUCAGCAAUACUGUUGAGAUUUACUCUAAAGAAGCAAGAAAGCUUUGCCAGAAUCUAUUGAAGUACAUAGCUUUAGGCCUUGGCCUAAAAGAGGACGUAUUUGAAAAGGCGUUUGGGGUGGCCGUACAGGCAAUAAGGAUGAAUUACUAUCCACCAUGUUCGAGACCUGAUCUUGUUUUGGGGCUGAGCCCACACUCCGAUGGAAGUGCUUUAACUGUUUUGCAGCAAGGAAAGGGCAACUCAGUAGGGCUUCAGAUCCUUAAGGACGACAAGUGGGUUCCUGUUCAACCUCUCCCAAAUGCACUUGUGAUCAACAUUGGCGAUACAAUGGAGGUUGUUACAAAUGGCAGGUACAAAAGCGUGGAGCACCGAGCUGUGACUCACAAGCAGACUGACCGACUUUCGAUAGUCACAUUUUAUGCACCUAGCUAUGACAUAGAGCUUGGACCAAUGCCAAAAUUCGUAGAUAAAAACAAUCCAUGCAAAUAUAGAAGAUAUAGUCAUGGAGAAUACAGUAAACACUAUGUCACAAACAAGUUACAAGGAAAGAAAACCCUGGAGUUCGCGAAGAUUCCAACCAAAAACUCCUACUAAAGCAUCACAACUUUCCCACCUAGGGAUACCAAUGCUCGAUACUGUAUAGAAUUUAGCAGAGCAGUAUUGUGACGUCAGCAUUCAGCUAAUAUUAGGGGGAAAA